UAUGAUAUUCUUUCACAAGUGGACUUUUUUGUGUGUUUCCAGAGAAGAAACAUUGUCUCUGGAGAAGUGGAACCCACUGAUGAGGAGUGUGAAUGGCAGAGUGACCAUGAGGAUGAAGCAGCAUUAGCAGAAGAUCUGAAGAAGAAAGCUGCUAUAGAGGAAAAGACAGAAGAUGCUAAUGAGGAGAAACCCAAAGGAGUUCCAGAGUUUUGGCUCACCAUAUUCCGGAGUGUGGACAUGUUGAGUGAUAUGCUGCAGGAGCAUGAUGAACCGAUACUUAAACAUCUUCAGGAUAUUAAAGUGAUAUUUUCUGGUCCUGAUCAACCCAUGAGCUUCACAUUAGAGUUCCGUUUUGAACCCAAUGAAUACUUCACCAACACAGUUCUCACAAAAGUAUACAAGAUGAAGUCGGAGCCAGAUGAAGAGGAUCCGUUUUCAUUCGAGGGACCAGAAAUCAUCGACUGUGAUGGGUGUGAAAUUGAUUGGCACAAAGGCAAAGAUGUGACGGUAAAAACGAUCAAGAAGAAACAGAAGCACAAAGGCAGAGGGACAGCGAGGGUCAUCACCAAACAAGUGCCCAAUGACUCCUUUUUCAACUUUUUCAACCCUAUUAAAGUUUCACCAGAUAGAGAGUUGGAUGAGGAUUCAGAGUACACUUUAGCCACAGAUUUUGAAAUCGGUCAUUUCUUCAGGGAAAGGAUCGUUCCGAGAGCAGUUUUGUAUUUCACAGGAGAAGCUCUGGAGGAUGAUGAAAGUUUUGAAGAGGAGGAACUGGAUGAGGGUGAAGAGGAGGACCAAGAUGAGGAGGAUGAGGACGAUGAAGAGGAGGGAGAUUCCAAGACUGGGAAUCCUCAGCCUGCAGAGUGCAAACAACAGUAGUUUGGAUCACUCACUCCUGCCACUGUCAAACCCCAUCAGCUCAGCUAGAAUCAGCCCUGUAGUGUGGCGUACAUUCCCUGAUGAGCACACCAUCCAACAAAACAAAACAUGAUGAUGCAGUACAUUGGUAAACUACUUUUCUUUUAUCCUGCAGAAUUUGCUUACUUUAAAAUCCAGUCGCUAUACAAUACUAUAGAUAAAUUGGGCAAUUCCAGAUUACAGUUGGGCCUCCGAAUGUAGAUAUAUACAUAAAUAAAUGUAAAACUAUUUUUUAAUUCAUGAUUUAGACAUGUACAGACAUAAUGACUUCAGAUAUCUCAUUGCAUAGCCAAAAAAACGUUGACUUGCAGGUUUGAAACAAUCUUGCAAGCAUUGUCUUCGCAUUCAAACAGGUGAAAUGUUAAGCCUGAAUAAAAUAAAUGGGAUUGUAUUCUAACUUCCUGUGCACAUCUAACCUUUGUGAAGGUUGCUUGUAUUUAACAAAUAGUUUCUCUUCUCACUUUUGAAGUGUUCUGUGUCAUGGGCAUAACCAUUUUUUUUUUACACAGCAUAUCUAUUUAUGUACUUUUUGAACAAAACUGCAUGUUUAUGCACUUAUUUAUUUAUGGAACUGCUAGCUAGCUAGCCAGUCCAACUAAUGUAUCAGUGAUAUGUUGCAGGCAUCAGGUAAUUGUGUUUAAUCAUAUCCGGCCUAUUUGCAAUAUGGAUAUCUAACAUUUCCAUCUUCAUCUGACUUUCUCUUGAAGACCGUAAUAAAAAAUAAAUAAAUAAAUAAAUAAAUCUCUGCACUCCACUACAUAAGUAUGCUCAAUCGAUGUAGUCUCAUUUUUUAAUAUGUAUUUAAAUAUACAUUAUAUCCAUAAUGCUGGAAUUGCUCAAUUUAGGUAGUAAGGAGUUAAAGACGAUAGGGCAAAAGUCCACUGCCAAUGGUCACUGAAUUCUGAGUGAACUGCAGAUGAUUACACGACCUGAAAGUCACAUGUUUUAUGUGAUCACCUCCUUCAAGAUACAACAUCACAUCCCCGACUGAAUUAAUUUAUUUUGUGACUUGAUCUCAUAGGUUACUCAGGGUUUUUUUUAUGCCAAGAUGACAGUGUGCGAGUAUCCAGCAUUGUGAAACUGUUGAUAUCUAACCUGCUUAAUGUUCUUUUUUCUUGUAAAAGAAGGAAGACGUUUGAAAUGUAGUUUUAGUUAUAAUGGAGUUAUUUAUAUAUCUUUACCAUCUUUAUAUUAUUGUUUUGAACUCUGUUUUGGUCUUGUGCUUCUUGGUGGAUCCCUGAGAGAAUAUGUUUUGCUGAUUUAUGUAUUGUACCCAGUUGAUUAUAGC